GCCCUCCCAGCUACGUCCGUACAGCCUUCCUGCAGAACGCCGGCCAGGCCCACCUAAUCAGCCAGUGCGAGGGCCUGGAGGCUGAGUUGGGCUCCCUGCUGCAGCAGCGCCGUGGGGCCCUGCGAGGCUGUCUGGAGCAGCUGCACAGCUAUGCCACUGUGGCCCUGCUGUACCCGCGGGCCGUGCUGCUGCGCCACAGGGCCCACCUCUGGAAACAGUGGCUGGAAGAGCUGCUCUGUGACAUGACUGUUGACCACUGCCAGCAGAUCUCCAGACAGUAUGAGGUCCAGUUUGCCCCCCAGCCUCCCCUUAGCCGUGCCAGUUCCUGUCAGCGUUGA